AAGUAGAGGACUCUGUCAUGUAGUGCUAGUUGAGAAGAGCAUCAUGCAAUGCAUCCCAGGAUCCAUCCCAUUUCCUGUUGUACCUAUUGAUCUGCAUUUUACCGUUUUCCUGUGGAAUUGUGGACCUCUGCUUGUGUAGAUAUCCAUAGAAAACACAGGCGGUGUUGGAAGGAGUAACUGUGGCUUUGAAAGUAUUUUUGUAAUUUUGUUUUUAUUAUCGAUGACCUAAAGGGUUCAGAGGUUCGUCAUUGUUUCUUUGGGAAGCCUUUGGGAUAAGCUGAGGAACAGUUUUCUGCGAUCUGGCUGCACUUUUCACAUUCAACUACUGGAGUAAUACGUGAAAUCAUUGUCACCCAUAUUGUUUUCCUGCAUUCUCCAGCAGAAGUCUUGAGUAUUGCAAUAGCAUGUCAUAUUUAGCAUAAAAAAAAAAAAAAGUCACCCUAAAAUUUCACCUCAUGAUACCCACAUCGCUGGAGCUUAGGAGGCUUUAGUGUCUUUAGUUGACUUGGCACUCAAUGUCAUCUGACUCCUGUCAUCUCACUGGGGCACAGAGAGCCAUAUGUAGGCUGGUCCACCGGGGCCCCAGACCUCAGGCCUUGCUGAGGCCCAUAAGACAAGAGCUAGCAGUGUAUGUGGAGAAGAGCCGAACCAAGCAGAAACAGAGGUACUGGAUGGAGGCCUCGUGUCUGGAAUUGGCCCUGGAGGGAGAGCGGCUGUGUAAAUCAGGUGACUUUAAAGGGGGGACAGCAUUUUUUGAAGCGGCUGUACAGGUGGGAACAGAAGACCUGAAGACUCUCAGUGCCAUCUACAGCCAGUUGGGUAACGCCUACUUCUACCUGAAGGAAUACGGCAAGGCACUGGAGUACCACAGACAUGACCUCACUCUGGCAAGGACAAUCGGGGACAGGAUAGGGGAGGGGAAAGCCAGUGGUAACCUUGGAAACACGCUGAAGGUUCUAGGGCGCUUUGAUGAGGCAGCAGUGUGCUGUCAGAGACACCUGGACAUCUCCCAAGAGCAGGGGGACAAGGUGGGAGAGGCCAGGGCUCUGUAUAAUAUAGGGAAUGUGUUCCAUGCCAAGGGUAGGCAGCAGCUGUGGGGCUGCACCCAGGACCCUGGAGACCUCCCGCCAGAUGUCAGGGAUACACUGCAAAGGGCUACUGGCCUCUACGAGAUGAAUCUGUGUCUGGUCAAAGAGCUGGGCGAUAGAGCUGCUCAGGGGAGGGCCUUUGGUAACCUAGGCAACACCCACUACCUGCUGGGAAAUUUUGUGGAGGCCAUAAAAUUCCACAGACAAAGACUCUCCAUUGCAAAGGAGUUUGGUGACAAGGCAGCCGAACGUAGAGCUUACAGUAACCUUGGCAACGCUCUGAUAUUCCUAGGCCAGUUCAACACUGCAACAGAGUAUUACAGGAAAACACUGCAGCUGUCCCGUCAGUUAAAGGACCAGGUAAUGGAGGCCCAAGCAUGUUACAGCCUGGGAAACACCUAUACUUUACUGCAGCAGUACGAGAGAGCCAUAGACUACCACCUUAAACACCUCCUUAUUGCCCAGGAGCUCACUGACAGGGUUGGAGAGGGCCGUGCUUGCUGGAGUCUGGGAAAUGCCUUUGUGUCUUUAGGGAACCAUCGUCAGGCCCUACACUAUGCCCGCAAACACCUAGAAAUCUCCAGAGAGAUUGGAGACCGGAACGGUGAGUUGACAGCCAGGAUGAAUGUAGAGCAGCUGAUGGAGGCUCUGGGGGUCAACGAGAGUGACCUUUCCCCAUGCGGGUCAGAGUUUGAGGUGCAAGGAGCCAGGCCCAAAUUCACUAAAAGAAACAGCAUGGACAGUGUGGAGCUAUGGAAAUACUCAUCAGAUAAGAAUGGAGACAGCCAUGAUUUGGACAGUAUAUCCCGGAGAUGGAAGAAUCAACAGUCUCAGCCAGGCAGAGGGAAAGGCUACCCCAACAGCCAGUCCUUAGAUGAAAGGCAGUGGUUGAAUUCUACUGUGGACACUGAUGACAUCACUGUUCAAGUGCCGCUUCCAAAGUUGGGUCGUGACCCCUCAGAUGAGGACUGCUUCUUCGAUCUCCUCAGCAAGUUCCAAAGCAGCCGCAUGGAUGACCAGCGCUGCCAUCUUGACGACCAAAAUGGAGAAAAUGGCAAGAAUGGAGGGGCUGUCUCUCUCAAUGAAAUGCUAGACUCGGCACUCAUCACCUCACCCCAGACAGAGGAGCUGUUUGACCUGAUCGUCAGCUCCCAGAGCCGGCGCCUAGACGACCAGCGUGUCAGUGUUAGCAACCUGCCCGGCCUCCGGAUCACCCACAACAACCUAGGCCACCUGUGUGUUGACGCAGACCCCCAGGAGCCCAGCGAUGACUUCUUUAACAUGCUCAUCAAGUGCCAGUCCUCCAGGAUUGAUGACCAGCGGUGCUCCCCUCCAGAAGGGGGGCCCCGGGCCCCCACGGUGCCCGACGAGGACUUCUUCAGUCUAAUUCAAAGGGUACAGGCCAAGCGCAUGGACGAGCAGCGGGUGCACCUCCCAUCAGACGAACAGGACGGCCCUGAUUCUGAUCCAGAACCGCCCUCUGGAGACUCCAGCUAGGGGCCCAAGCACGCGCCCUUGGUGGAUUCCAUGUCGUAGAAGGUGGAAAUCAAUGGCAAAGAAAAAGAUGUAGGGGGGAAACUGGCCCCCACUUGAGAUCUGGGAAGGGUUGAAAUUAAGCGUGAUGUAACAAUCGAGCCCCAUGUGCAAUAGGCGGCACCCUUUCAGAUGUUGUGAAUCUGUUUAGUGGCGAAAGAUGUGUAAAUCUGGUAAAGAAUGAAUUUAUAUUAUACAAUAUUGACAUGAAUGAAGGCUUGAUUUAGUUUUUCCUCGAGGGGGUUUGACAUGCCAACAGGACAUAACAGAAAUAUAAUUCCCCAUCAACUGCCUUAACCAGUUUUCCUCAGAUUGUAUACUCAAAUUUCAGGUGUCUAUAAUUUGGAAGCGCAUGAUAUAGUGGUAUUUGAUUUGGGUGUGACAUUAAAUGCUGCUGAUAUUAUUGGUUCAAGAAGAGUAUUAGCUACAGUUUGCAGUGGUGAAAUUGCAUUCAGUGUUAGACAACAUCUAGAGACGACAUGAGUGAUAAUAAAACCAACAUGUUGUUCAAGUUGUUCAGUUAAUAGCCUCUAGUAAAAAAAAGCCAGGUUAUCAAAAAUGAAUUGAUCCAUUUCUCAACGAUCCUUUUCAUAUUUAAGGGAGACAGUAAGUAGUUGAAAUCAAACUUGAAUCAAGGUGCAUCACUUCAGUUAGACCAUGAAAGUGCCAAUAGUGUUGAUUUAGUUAUUAGUCUACUCUUUUCAGUCAACAAAUGUCGAGUGUUAAAGCCCUCACAGUGCCAUCAAAUUGUGACUGACCAAUGACCUAAGAGAGGACAUUCUAAUGGUUAGGGGAUGUUUUAUGACAGCACAACAGUACAGGCACACAAUGCAGUUUUGUAGAUAUCACCUGCUCCAAUUCCAGAACAGUUUCUUGUCUAAUUUUGUUAUACUGCCUCUUUGUGGUGAAACAUGUAUACUACAGCAUUCCUGUGUACCCAGUUUGAAAUUGUAAAUCAUUAAUAGUGGAAGGUUGAGGAUGUAAUCUUGUGCGCAUUGUCUAAUGUUUUUAAUAUUUUUUUAUUUCAGUUACCAGCUAUAAUCUGUACAGUAUACCUAUAUUGCAGAUUUUUUGCAGAUUAUUUUGUAAAGGUUAGUGUAUUUGCAAAGAAUUUUAGUGCCUGAUGUGUAUUUAAAUUUUGAGUUCUACUGUAGCAGACCCAGUGGACCAAAGAUAGGUACAGACUGGAGAAUUAAAAAAUAAAUAUAUAUAUGCUUGUAGUAGGAUCUAAAUGAACGAAAUUGUUGAUACAUGUUGCCUAACUGAUUAUCCAAAAUGUAUAUUUUGGUUGCAGUUCUUUGGGACUCCAUUUGUAGAUGUUAGCAUGGUGCUCUUGAUUGUAACCUCAAGUAUCGUGUCCACAAUCCAUGGCAGGUCUUGAAUUUACCCUGUGUGGUUUUUCAUCUGAUUAAUAAAUUAAACAAUUGAAAUUAUUAUUCUUUUAAUUUUUGUAAUUAAGGUCUAUGUCCCCACUGUUUUCCAAAAGAAAUAAAUUAUAAAAUGUUCUCUAUUCUCAUACCUAGGUCCAGACUUAUGGUACAAUUCUGUUUGUUACUGUCAUAUGCACAUAUUUUUGUAUUUAUGUUCCAUUUAAGGACAUCAUGUCCCACCCGGCUUUUAAUACAAUAUUGAUUUAACUCUUGUCAUGUCAACACGUCACCAAAAUAAAGUCUGCAUUCAAUCAAGGGA